AUGGAGGCGUGUUCCUUAUCUGCUGAUUUAAAAACUUUAUCAGCCGGGGACAAAACAGAAAUUGGGGAAAGAGGAAUAACAUUAUCUGGUGGACAAAAAGCCAGAGUAAACUUGGCUAGAGCAGUUUACGCUAAUCGUGAUAUAAUUUUAAUGGAUGAUGUUUUGAGUGCAGUUGAUGCAAAGGUUGGUAUAAGUAUCAUGAAUAAAUGCAUUUUAGGGCUAUUAAAACAUAAAACAAGAAUUUUGGCCACACACCAGCUUUCACUUAUUGAUUCAGCUGAUCGAAUCAUAUUUUUAAAUGGAGAUGGUACUUACGAAAUUGGUACAUUUAAAGAAUUACAACUCAACAAUAAGCGAUUCGUUGAACUAAUGACCCAUAAUUCUUUCAAUAAUAAUGAAGAUAAGGUAGAGGAUGGUAACACUGGAGAUCUUGAUUUCGUGAAAAAUACUAGCAAGGAUAAAUCAUUACAGGCAUCAGAAGGAAAAUUAAUAGGAAAAGAAGUACGAGCUGUUAAUAAACUUAGUUUACAGAUUUACAGGAAUUAUCUAAAGUUUGGAUCAGGAGUAUUAGGAAUGUUAGGUUGGUGUGCGAUUUACUUUUCGAACACUAUAUUUGCAACAUUUUCGCAAUUAUUUUCUAAUGUAUGGUUAUCUUUCUGGGUCGAUCAUAGGUUCAGUAAGUCUUCUAAUUUCUAUAUUGGUCUUUAUGUUAUGUUUUCAAUUUUAUCUGUGAUUUUCUUGGUUAUCGAGUUAUUAAGCCUUGUUUAUUUAAUUAAUACCGCCUCCUUAAAGUUGAGUUUAAUGAGUACGAAGAAUAUUUUACAUACAACAAUGUCGUUCUUAGAUACAACUCCAAUCGGGCGAGUUUUAAAUAGAUUUUCAAGAGACACAGAAAUUUUGGACAAUGAAAUUGGGAAUCAAUUAAGAAUUACAAGCUAUUCGCUUUCUACUAUCAUCGGUGUUAUAAUAUUAUGCAUCAUAUAUUUGCCAUGGUUUGCAAUCUCUCUUCCACCCUUAGCCAUUAUAUUCACUUUCAUGAUAAGCUAUUAUCAGGCGUCUUCAAGAGAAGUUAAAAGAUUGGAGUCGGUACAAAGAUCGUUUGUGUAUAGCAUAUUUGGAGAGAUAUUAGGUGGAAUGGAAACUUUAAAGAUAUAUCAAGUUGAAGAUCUGUUCAACAAGAGAUUAAGCAAGCUGAUCGAUAAUAUGAAUGAGGCUUAUUUUGUAACUAUCACUAACCAGAGAUGGCUAGGCAUACAUUUAACAUUAAUUGCAUCUGUUUUUGCUCUCAUAAUAACGAUUUUAUGUGUACAAUCGGUAUUUAAUAUUAAUGCUUCAUCAGUAGGGUUGUUGCUAUCAUAUAUCUUGCACAUAACUACCCAACUAGUUCAACUAAUGAGAUCCAUUACAAGAGUUGAAAAUGAAAUGAAUUCAAUGGAGAGAAUAAAUGAUUAUGCAGUGAAUUUGGUUCAAGAGGCACCAUACGAAAUAAUUGAGACUACACCAAAGCCGGAAUGGCCAUCUAAAGGGGAGAUUCAGUUUGAGAAUGUUUCUAUGCAUUAUAGGGAAGGUUUGCCAUUAGUAUUAAAUGAUUUGAACUUUAAAAUACAACCAAAUGAAAAGAUAGGGAUAUGUGGUAGAACUGGAGCAGGAAAGUCAUCAAUUAUGACGUGUAUGUUUAGGUUAAAUGAACUUCAACAGGGCAAGAUUUUUAUUGAUAAAAUAGAUAUUUCGUCACUUGGACUUCGUGAAUUAAGAUCUAAAUUAUCUAUUAUUCCACAAGACCCAAUUCUUUUCUCAGGCACUAUUAGGAGGAAUUUAGAUCCAUUCAAUGAAGCAGAUGAUAAGAUCUUGUUGGAUGCAUUAAUGAAAGUGGGCCUAAUAAAUGUGUCUGAAAGGGAAAUUAUGUCACUGAGCUACGAAUAUGAUUUACGUAGCAAGUUUCAUUUGAAUCAUAUUGUAGAAGAGGAUGGCACUAAUUAUUCGCUUGGUGAAAAACAGUUAAUUUCAUUUGCUAGAGCGUUGGUAAGAAAUAGUAAAAUUCUCAUCUUGGAUGAAGCUACAUCAUCAGUAGAUUAUGAAACUGAUGCAAAAAUACAAUCAACAAUAGCCAAAGAUUUUAAAGAUUGUACCAUAUUAUGUAUUGCACACAGGUUAAGAACCAUUAUUCAAUAUGAUAGAAUUUUAGUUCUUGACAAAGGCAAUGUCAAGGAAUUCGAUAAGCCAUUGGUAUUAUUCAAACAUAAGGGGAUCUUUAGAGAAAUGUGUGAUAAAUCAAACAUCAUCGAAAGUGAUUUUGUAAAUCAAGCAGAAGAGAACGGAGAGAGUUAA